AUGGCGAGCGAACCUCCCCCAAAACGAUCGAAGAAAGAGGUCACUGAAGAUGGUGGCGACAUAUUGGAAUUGUACAUGGCGAAACGUAAAGAAGUUUGCAAAUCGGUGACGGAUUUUAAGUUCAAUAAGAAAAGAGUCCGUCUCAUUUCAUCUGAUGCUGAUAUCCCAGAGAAUUGCAAGGGAAUCGCUUACUGGAUGUGGAGGGAACAACGAGUUCAAGGUUGGUUAAAGCAUGCAUGUUGUAAUUUAAGCCUAUAGAUGGUUUUCAAAUUGGGAGGUUUUACGAAUUCUUAUUUUCACUAGGUUGAAGACAAACAAAAAUAAAUCUUUGUACAAGUUUCCAUUCCAGUAGCAUGUUUCAUUUCGAAAAUACAGCAAUUUGAACUUGCGAGUUUUCACAGAGCGUGACACCAAAAUAGGAAUGCUGUCUCGUUGAAAAAAAGUCUCUCCUUUUGAUUUUCAGCAGUAUAACCAUUUCAAGUAUUAGAAGAUAUGUCUAUGCGUACGUAUGCUAGUUCUGGAGUGAAAAGAAAGAGCGUUUAUAGAAAAAGUGAACUCCAGAUGUUUUUGUUGAUUUCCGGCGGCCAUAUUGGUGCACCAAAACGGUACACCAAUAUGGCGUCUCCAUACAAAGCUUUACCAACGUGUGCGAAACGUUUCGGCAAAUAACUCAGAAACUGUGGGCCACAAAGACCUGAGACUUGAACAAAUUGUUUAUAUAUUAGUCUUUUAUAACAUUUCAUUUUCUUGGCUUCUUCCACUGCACGGCAGGACUUUUCCGCGGGUGGCGGGUGACAGGUAGCGGGUGGCGGGUGGCGGUUGGCGGGUUCAAAAUAUAUAUGAAAAUAAAAUAUUAUUAUUGAUAAUGAUAUAACUGUAUGUUGUAAUUUUAAAAUAAUUUCAACGUUUAUGUACUAGCUACCAGACUCCAAAUAAAAGUAUUGUCUUGUUUUGUUUUAUCUACUUACGCGGACUAAAAAUGAAAAAAAAAAAAAAAAAAAACGAGAAAUCAUGCCUCUGAAAACAGUCACCUCUCCUUGCUCCGCACCGCAAGUGACGUUUCGUCAGGCUACACGCGGUGUGUCAAAUGAAAAUGGGCUAUGUCAAGCAAGACACAUGGCACGUGUCGAUCUUGUUUGUCUAGUUUGCUUUUUCUUCCACAUCAAGACGAAAGAUGAUUGCACUUCCCCAACUGUUUAGCCGUGUUUAUAACAGACUGCAAGAGAUUCGGCCUCCCGUGUUGUAGCUCAGUUUUUGCCCUAGUAUGCGGCAUGAUUGCCAUCCUAAUCAGUAUUUUUAAGUAGUAUUUAAAAAAUGCAGAUCCUUUUUGUAUAUAUAUACAACGAGAUCAAUUCGUGUCCGAGACGCCACAUGCGGCGAAAGCGGUCCAUGCUGUGUCAAAAACGUUCUUGCUCCUUCUCUGGUAUGCAUUAACAUUGACAGCUUUGUUGCUUUAGUCUUACGAAAAUUUCCUUGUUUUCUCGAAAUAGACAUUUUGUUCAUUUCAAACUACAAGUCGGGAACCAAAUUGGCAAAGAUUUAUCCCACGGGCAAUGCAAUGUGUAUCCCAACUUAUAACAAAAGAACAAACGCACUUGUCAAAAAUCUGAGACACUGUUCAAACAUGUCGAGAAGAGAAUGCGAUCUUACUUGUCUGGUCGCAGGAUAAAUAUUACUCUAAUUUUUAUGAGUUCCUCAAGCUAUCUCGUGCAUGCGAAAUCGUGUAGAAUAAUAUUGCUAAAAUAUCGCUUUUUGUAAAUAUGUUUAUUUUUUUUUCUUUUUUUGGUUUCCCCUUUUUAUUUUUAUUUUUUUAUUUUUUACGGCCUGACCCACCACCCGCUACCCGUCACCCGCUACCCGCCAUCCGUCACCCGCCACCCGUCACCCGUCACCCGCGGAAAAGUCCUGCCGUCCACUGCACGGUUUCCAAUUUAUUUUUUUGUUGCGUGACAGUGAAAACGAUCCAUAAUUAACACUUGCUACAAACGUUUUGCCCUCACGUCAAAAAUAAGUAAUUUCGUUAAAAAAACCGAAAUAGAUGCCACCAUGUAAGAGUAUUGCUGAAGAGGUUUUAUCUGAGUGGUCACAGCAUGAGGUUUGAUCGUUAGAUUUUCUUUGGUUGUUUUUUUACUACCAAAAUUGAAAUGAAUACCCCAAAUUGGAAGAAAAGUGCAAGAUUGUAAGAAUUAAAAAUGUGACCAGUUGCACAAAUCCUACCUUUAGACUUUGGUGUGACAUUGCACCCAAGCCCAGUGGUAGGGGGGGGGAGGGGGUUGUUACUUCAUACAUGUUGUAAUAGGUUAAUGGGAAUGUGCUGCUGGAUGGGGUCGCAUUUUCAUGACUUGACUGACCCUAAUGGGAUUGACUUUAAUGGGAUUGACUAUAACAGGGUUGACUGUAAUGGGAUUGACUAUGGAAUUGACUUUAAUGAUUUUAAUUGAGUUAUUAGAAUUGGUUUGCACAUUUUUGGGAUUAUGGGAUAAAAAUAUCUGCUAACUAGGGAUUUAAAAAUUGGUAAAUUUGCAGUAAAAAGUUGGCUUUAUAAGGUAGAUGCAUAAUUUACUGAAAGUGACUAAGUUGGGAUUGCAAAAAAUUACAUAAUUUGCCUAAAAGUGACUAAGAUGGGGUCUAUAAUUGGCCACUGAAUAGACUAUAAUGGGGUAGGGUUUCUUAGAGACCAGUGGCCAUACCCAGGAAAAUAUGACCCAGCAUGCAUAUUAACUAGCUCUUCCAACUCUUGAACUAAAUUUGUCGUUACAGCAAAGUGACAUUAGUAAAGAUUUACCUAUUCCCUAACCAUGUAAGCUCUCAACAACACUCAUUAUUAUUUACAAUUUUUUUGGUUUAGAUAACUGGGCACUGUUAUAUGCCCAGCAAAUGGCUCUUAAACAAGAAGUUCCUCUCUUUGUAUGCUUCUGUUUACCAAGCAAAUUCCUCAAUACCACCUACAGGCAGUACAGUUUUAUGAUCAAAGGUCUUCAAGAAGUUGAAAAGGUACAAUAUUAUAAAAUUGUUAUGAGUUGUGGUUUAAAUUUUUUUGAUUUGAAAAUUUUGAAACCAGCUUCAGGGCUCAAAGAAAAAUUGAAUUCCAUCAUGUCCUUUGGGAAGGCAGCUCUCACAUUCUGCUUGUCCUGGGCCACUCUUUGCUCAUCUUAGUAAAUGAUUUUGUAGGAGGAAAACUUGCCUGGCUGCUUAACCCUUUAAGCCUUAAGAGUGAUCAGCAUCAAAUUUCUCCUUGUAAUAUCAGUGCUUUGUAAAACAGAGUGAUCAUGAGAAUUACGGACAUAAUCACACAAGAUGAAUUUGAAUGAUAUUUUAUCAACUUCUCCCCACUACUUCUGUAGGAAAUAAAUGGGGGCAACUAACAAGAAUUCAACUUUCGAUCUUAGGUUUUAAAGGGUUACCCCAUUGGGCAAGUAAGCUUUAAAAGUUACUUGCCCAGCAAGAAAUCUACUCCUCCCAAUCUACAGGAUGAUAAUAAUUAUCAUCCUGUAGUCUGGGAGGAAAAAAAUAUGUUUUUUGUGCUCUGUAGUUUGAUUUGAGUUUUCCUUUGAGUUAUAGAAUCACACGCGUGAUCUCCUGCUUUGCUGACCAGUGCUCUAUAGAACUAACCCUACUGUGGUUAUUUAUUUCAGGAACUGACUACACUGAGCAUUAAUUUCCAUUUGCUUCUUGGUGAACCAGACAAAGUGCUUCCUGAGUUUGUGAAGUCACAUGAUCUUGGUGGAUUAAUAACUGAUUUUACACCACUGAGAAAACCGUUAAAGUGGCUGAAAGAUGUUACAGCAAAACUUCCAAAAAAUUUCCCUGUUUGUCAGGUCAGCAACUUGAUUUCAUUUUUGCUAUUUUACUUUGUCUGAUUUCAAGUAUUCAUUUUCUUGUGAUUUACAUGUAGUGAAUAACAAUGUGGAGGAAAGCUAGAGACGUUUCUAGCCUGACACAGACAAUCUCUAUUCUGUUCAUUAUUCAGAUAACUGACUUCACUUUGGGUUGAAGUACUCCCUUUAAAUAACAAUUGCAUGCUUUUAAUGGCAGGCAAUUCUAAUACAUGUGACAGUGUACACGUAUGGUAAUAAAUUAUAUAAUAUUUGUGGUUUCAGUGUGGUAUCUGCUGCCAGGAUGCACUGCAAACAAUAUUGUACUUAAAGGAUUUAAAGAGGCGGCAUGAGUCAAAGAGAUGUAACCAACUAAAUUAACUAAAUCAUUUGUGAUUCCAUCUUUGUAGGUUGAUGGUCACAACAUUGUUCCAUGUUGGCAAGCUUCUCCAAAGUUAGAGUAUGGUGCGCGAACUAUUAGACCUAAAAUCCACAACCAGUUGAAAGGCUUUCUUACAGAAUUUCCACCAGUAAUUAAGCAUCCUCAUACUGCUUCAGACAAAACUAAAAAGGUGAAUAUUUUAAUUAAAUAUCCUUUAAUGAACUCUUUUGACUGGUGGAUGGUUUUGCAUCUCAGUUCUAGGCAGUUUUUCCAUACAGAAAACACUUCCGGAAAGCGAUGGGCAGAAUUUUGACACAGGAAGCACUUGAAACUAAGGGUAAGGGGACCAGGAGAGAAGCCCUCCUUUGGGGAGACAAGAUCGAGUGGUAAUGGGAGUAGCCUUCCUGGUCAAAAGUCCUGAUCAGUCUCUGGGGGUGAGGCCCAUAUUCCCUUGUCACUAGGAACUAAAGGGAGCCAGGAGCGGGGGCCAUCCCGGUGAGAAAAAGAUCAAAAUUGUGGUACCAGGGUUAGCCACGAGGGUCAAGAGGCCUGAUCAGUCUCCGGGGUUGAGGCCCUCCUGAUCAAGCCUGAAUUUUUUAAGGUUCUUUUUCUACUGCUUUAGGUUGCUCAUCCUACUGUAAAGGUCAUGUUCACUUUCACAGUAUAGCACCAUAUGUACCGAAGGACUCCCAGCUCUCUUGCCAGGAAUUUUAGACAUCAAAAUAUACCAUAUUUAUUCGACUAUAAGCCGAGCGAUUUUUACACAAAUCAAAACUGAAUUGAAUUAAAAUUUGGGCUCUAGAGGGGUCUCGGCUUAUAGCCGAAAGUUUUUUGAAAAAAAAUUUUUUCCCGGCGCAUGGAAACUCUACUAAAUCGAGAUGUAUUUACGUAUAAGCCAAGCUAAAGUAAAGAAACACAAUAUGCAAUCGUUGGUUCCGAAAAUGUUAGGUUUUCCCGUAGUUAACAAUUCAGUCUUGUAAUAAUGAAUGGGUCUCGGCUUAUAGCCGGGUGUUUUCGAUUUAUUUUUGGUUCUCGUUAUGCCAAGUCUACACGUUCAAAGUUUGGGGUCUCGGCUUGUAGCCAAGAUCGGCUUAUAGUCGAAUAAAUACGGUAAUUUUUUACAGUGUAAACUAUGAUGAUGUUCAUUUUAUGACACUAUUAUUAAUAUUUAUUGUUUAAUAAAUCAGACUGACUGGAAAGCAGUUGAUAAAUUCAUUGAAGUUGAUCGUGAUGUUAAGGAAGUGGACUGGGCUCAACCUGGGACCAAGGCAGGGCUGGAAAUGUUGGAAUCAUUCUGCAAUGAAAGACUCAAGUAUUUUGCUGAUGACAGAAACAAUCCAACAAAGAAAGCUUUGAGCGACUUAUCUCCUUGGUUUCAUGCAGGUAUUGCUAUAUACUGUUUCAUAGUGGUAUUAGAGGAUUUGUCCUGUAAAUCCAGUUAAAAUCACCCCCUGCCACCCCAGGAUGGCAAGAAUCCAACUAAAAAAGGUUUACGCGAUGUGUCACCUUGUUUUCAUGCAGGUAUUGCUAUUUUUUUAUAUUAAUAUUAGGAUAUAUAUCCUGCAUUGUGGCAAUAGGAUAUUCCAGGAAAAAAAAAUUUUUCUCCCCCCACCUCUUCUCAGGAUGGUAAAGUUCUUUUUAUCCCCUCUCUCCUGGCCACACCCUUUUUAGCGGCCAGGUACCAGUCAGUCCCUUCUGACAAAAUUGCCAGUAAAGUCGGUGUGGGGGGAAAAGCCCUAAGUGACUUUUGAAGGACUACUAAAUUCUCCUUCCAACUAGGCCAUUUUUGAGUUCCCCCGGGCCUCUGUAUCAAAAUGAGGUUAAGUGCUCAGCCUUUGAUAUAGAAAUGCUUUUUCAUUCUCAUGCAAAUAAAACUCAUUGUCACAAGAAAGGUUAUGCACGUGGCCUCAAUUUGAAAGUGAGGGUUUUUGGAACUCAGAAGUGGUCUAUUGUCUUGCAUUUGCUUGUGAAAUGUAAGGAGAAUUUAACAUAACAUUAAAAGUAACACAAGGCAUCACUGUUAAAGUUAUAGGACCAAGACUUACUCCUGUUUUGGACAAGGACAAUGUCAGACUGUGUACCAUAAUUUGAUACAUUUAUGAUUUUUCUAUUAAUGGAAUGUGUAGUUUGUUAAUUUGAAUCAAUUGUAAAAAAAAACAUACAAAAAAACAAGCAUUUCUUUUAACUUCUUAAAGAUGCCAUGUUGCUUUUUGAGGACAGGGCCGUCAUUAAGUUUUGAAAGAGUCGUAGCAAAUGAAGAUUCACCCGUAACAUCUCUCAAAAAUUUAUAGUGCCACCAUUAGCCUUCCACUUUGAUCACCCGUGACACCAAGUGAGCUCAGCUGUAACAGGUGUUACAGGUUACGGCCCUUAAUGACAGCUCUGCAGGUAUUACUUCACAGUGCAAGACCCACUCCACAGAUGGGUGGGGCGGGAACUCCCCAUGAUAGCCUAUUACGAGGAGGCUUUUCCUGAAAGGGGUACCUUUUUUCAGGCUCCCACUUGUCUUUUCAUAGGUCAAGUCAGUGUUCAAAGAGCUAUUCUCCGAGCGCGAGAGUUCCGCAGCAGGGCUAAAGACUCUGUUGAAGCUUUCAUUGAAGAGGCUGUGAUCAGAAGAGAACUGGCAGACAACUUUUGCUUCUACAAUCAGGAAAACUACGACUCCAUUAAGGGUGCCUAUGAAUGGGCGCAGAAAACUUUACAAGAUCAUGCACAGGACAAGAGGGAAUAUCUUUGCACAAGAGAACAGCUGGAACAAGGCAGUAGCCAUGAUGACCUGUGGAACGCUGCCCAGGUACAACUGCAUUCACGUGUUGGUCAAACAAGUCAACCCAUGUCCAGUGGUAAAACAAUGACAAACCAAAUUGACCAAACACCUAGCUAAAAUGUUGAUUCCUAUUAUUAACGCCGACAUUUUUCCGAGAGUUGAGGCUGAUCCAACUUUAUGUUUGGCUUCCCAAAAAACCUCUCUUACACUCUUUAUUAAAACAGUAAUGAGGAAUGUCUGAGGGUAGGCAACACCUGAGAGUAUGUACCCCUGUCAGUGUCCCAACAGCAUCAGUGCAUUAUCAAGAGAAAAGGUUACGAGAGUUAAUAAAAUGAUCACUGAAGGGAAAAUGCUUUGAUCUUUUAUCAAAUUCUUUCAACGAAUCUGAAAGGAAAUGUAUGAUGAUCAGUCUGGAAAAUAGGUGCCUUGGGGACCAAUAUAAGAUUUGGGAAACUUUGGUACCCACUUACCCCUCCCUUAUUGAAAACAUUUUGCCCUAGGUAAGAAGUGUAGGGAAGGGGUAUUCGCAAAACUACCUGUACCACCAGCCUUGCUGUCAUGAGUUUUAUUUUUUUACCUUUUACACAUAAAGGUUUUUGGUAAAGUUCCUCCAUUUUUCAGCUUCAGCUGGUCAAUGAAGGCAAGAUGCAUGGUUUCCUGAGGAUGUACUGGGCAAAGAAAAUUCUUGAAUGGACAAAUUCACCUGAAGAAGCUCUGGAAAUCUCACUAUACCUGAAUGACAAAUAUUCACUGGAUGGCACUGACCCUAAUGGCUAUGUGGGUAAGCUUAUAAAAGUAUUAUUAAUUUUAUUUAUACAUCCUUAAUCCUACCUUUAGCUAGAGGGGCAUACUGGUUGACAUACGUAAAUCUUCAUUGGACCCUACUAUUAUGAUGAAGCAAUAUGUGUAGAGAGGGCAUCAUUUAAUGCAUAUUUAAACCAACUGACCAAAGAAACAAGAAGAAUAUAACUUGAGUAAAGGAAAUAGAAAGUGGUCCAUGGAGCUAGUGUGUUCCCCCCUUAGAACACUUGUCAAAUUCACAGCAUGAAUUGACAAAAAAAAAUGCACUUUAUUUGAGUGUCAAUGGUUUUAGCCUUAGAGUAUGUUAAUGAGGACACUAUUUUUAUGUCUGUUACUGGAGAUGGGACCACUGUGGCCAUGCAAGCCAUGCGAAGGUCUAGGUGUUUGAAGGGCAAAGGCGGUACCUUCAUUUCUCAGCUUUUAAGACCCUGAUUAUUUAUUGGUCCAGCCCCAUGAAUUGUACCCAUGACCUCUUGCUCUGCACUCAAGCACUCUACCAACUGAGCUUAUCUUGCUGCAGUGCGGAGCAAGUUCUAGGCAGAUAAACCUCUCCUUUCUUAAGUGUAGUGCAUCUCAAGACUCUUCAGGAAAAAAAGCUCUGCAAAAGUUUGUAAAAUUUUAUGGUACAUGGAAUUGCAUUAUUUUAUAUCCCUCUUUUCGAGUGGUGUCAUUUAGAUUCAAGUCUUGAGUAGGGUGGUACCUACAGGUGCUUGUAUUUGUUAUACACAGAGGAUCAGGGUCUUACAGCCUACUGCACCAACCCCUCCCAUCCUUCCAUAACACUGCAGUGCAAAGUUGAUUGCUUUCUUCACAUUAUUGCAGGCUGCAUGUGGUCUGUUUGUGGAGUACAUGAUCAAGGUUGGAAAGAGAGGCCUGUGUUUGGAAAAAUCCGCUUCAUGAACUAUAAUGGGUGCAAGAAAAAAUUCGAUGUUGAGGAAUUUGUGAGGGGAUAUGGAGCAAGCAAAUCUAAGAAUGCAGUGGUUGUAAGUUCUGCAAAUAGGAAAAGAAAGGCAAAAUAAACUUGGUCUUUGUCAAGCUUUUCACAGUUCUAAACAUUCAUUUGUAAAACAUAUCUUGUAUGAAAUACUAUAGUCAAGAAGUUCAGAUUUGUUGUCAAGAGUGAGAUGGGAAGGUCUUUGAAAUCUGCUGUACACAACCGAAUUGUCUCUCUGGUUGUGUUUAAAAUUUUUUUUGGUCGUUUUGAAAAUUACCAUUGAGCAGCACAGUUAUUUUUGCAAGGAAGUCACUCAUUGGCAUCUCCUUGAAUAGAAUGUUUUGGCAGAAACUUUUUUUAAGGCGUGAUUGUUUACCUAUUAUUGAUGAAUGAUGAUGUAACAUCAGUUGCUCUAGAAUAAUAGUUUUAAAGACAUUUUUAGCUUGUGCUCUUGGUCGUUCAAGGGGCAUUGUUUGCCACACAUGGCAUUUGGCCAUGGUUAAGUUAUCUUCCUCAGGUUUAUAAGAAAGGUUCAUGUUGCAUUUGUAAGGAAAUUAGAGGAGAAAAAAAUAAACUGUAUAACAGAUGAAAUUCCUGCAAGGAAAGAAAGAACUUUGAGCACACCCAACCUUUUUGUACUUCUUUUAUUCAACAAGAAAUGAGAUAAAGCUCUGUAGAAAUAGACAGUUAUAUUGCAAACACUGUCCAGUGUAAAUUUUUCACACCCAUUCUUAGAUAAUAUGGACAUGGAUAGGGCCAUAGAAACUGUCUGUAUUAAUGGGGUGUCCAUAUUAAGCGGGUUGAAUUCAGAGAAAAACAAAGGGGCAGCAUUCUCUUCUAGGGACAAAGAAAACUGUUUGUAAUACUGAGGUGUCUGUAUUAGGCGGGGUUUGACGAUACUUCCAAUGCUAAAUUUGAAUGUGUGUAAAUGUACUAUUGUUGUCACACAUCUCAGAAAUGCUAGACAUAAUGACGACAUUCUGCAAGCUGUCAGUCAUGGAUAAAAUUCUAUUUUAUUUUGACUAAAACUAUAAUCUGUAG